AUGCGCCAAUGUAGAGAGUCUCGGAAGUCGUACCUGCUGCCCAGUUCCCGAUCAAUCCGGUGCAGGGCAGUGCGGCGUCAACCUUGGGCGAGGCUCCUGCGAGCCUAUCUCGAUUCCGAAUCUGAGUUCGUGCCCUCGGAGACGGAUAUCAGGAAGAAGUGGCCGAUUCAGUAUUUCAACAGGACCUGCAAGUGCAACGGGAACUACGGCGGAUUCGACUGCGGAGAGUGCAGCUUUGGGUACAACGAUGGAGGAGCCUGCGAAACUAAAACCGUUCUUCCACGUGUUUCAGUCGGUGCUAUGGACACAAAUGAUUGGACGGAUUACCGCGCCGCCCUGAGAGCCGUGAAGGACACCCCCUCCCGCUACAUGGUGGCGAAAAGCGACUUUCACCGAGGAUAUACAAGCACUGAAUGA